AUUAACAAAAAUCAUCCGUUUUAUUCCAAAACGUCUUUGCCUCCCAAUAUAGAAACUGUUGUAUUGGCGCGCUCUACCACCACCACCACCACCACCACCACAACUCAGACAGUCCUCUGUAGCCAUCGCCUAUAUAUCAGUGGUUAUUGCAGAAGUCUGAGGCAGAGAGGGAAAUAAAGGGAGAAGCAAAAGACUAACCACGGUGGCCACUAUGUCAACGACAUACAUUUUCCCACAACUUUCUUCUCUUUUCGUCACAUCAAUGUCAGUGAUUAGCUUCACAAUAUUAGCCGUGUAUGGGUUCUUGGAGCUAAGAGAAAAGCACUUACACUAUUCCAAGUUCUGGAAUUCCGGUUCUAAAACCUUUGCUGUAAAGGAAAUCAAACUAUCUAGUAGAACAGGCAUGCUGAUAACUUAUACUCCGGCAUUUCUUGCAGCUGUGGCAUCCUUUGUGAUUUAUCCUCAAGAGGAUAUCAGAAUGCUGUUGUUGUCUUCGGCUCUGACAAUUCACUUUUUGAAAAGGAUUUUAGAGGUUCUUUUUGUUCACAAGUACAGCGGAGGAAUGAUCCUUGAUAGUGCUGUUAUCAUCUCUCUUAGUUAUGGUGUGUGUACUGCAAGCGUGACUUAUGCUCAAUCCUUAACGAAAGGGCUUCCAGAGCCAUCAAUCGAUUUGAAGUACCUUGGCUGUCUGCUGUUUAUACUGGGGAUUUCUGGCAAUUUCUACCAUCACUGCCUUCUUUCGAGAAUGAGGAGGUUACAGGGUGACAAGGAAUAUAAGAUUCCCAAGGGUGGUUUGUUUGGAAUCAUUAUAUGCCCUCACUAUCUCUUUGAAAUCAUAGGAUUUGUAGGGCUUGCUCUUAUUUCUCAAACUCUCUAUGGAUUCUCCUUCACCACAGGUUCAGCGUUAUACUUGAUCGCAAGGAGCUACGUGACGAGAAGAUGGUAUGUGUCCAAGUUUGAAGAUUUUCCCAAAAAUGUUAAGGCUCUCAUUCCUUAUGUUCUAUAGAUCAAAUGUUUUGAAUUUGAUUGUAAUCGUUUAUUUAUAAAUGAUCCGUUUGGCUAUUUAGGCCUAGUUCGGUAUUGCUGUGCUUUUAGAAAAACUGAUUAUACUUUGUUAUGAGAAUAAACAAUUGUAAAAUGAAGCAGUAAAGUGCUUGGUAAACUCUAGUUGUGUGUGUUAAGUAUUCGGUAAAUUUUUAUAUAAAACUGUUGUGAAUGUA